UAUAAGAUCCGGAUCCGCUGAUUCUUUUCGCCUGCCCUAAAAACGCCGACGGCUUCACCACACCUGCCGAUCUCGACGGAGCUGGCGAUCGUGCCUGGAGGUCCGGCCAAGCAACACACCACGCCGGAGGGGGGCACGGAGAUCGGAAGCUGAGACCUUCGACGAUCCUAUCGGCGGCGCGAUACAGAGGGCGAAAAGCCGCCGACGGGGGGCACGGGAAGGAUAAAGUAUGAUGUCGUGCCCUUUUCCAACCUCCAUUGAUGCCCUUGCCAAACCAAGGGCGCUCCGUGCUGUUGCCAUGGAGAAUCCACCGCUUGCCUUCCCCAAGGACACCUCGCUCCUCUCGCUUCACAAGUUCGUGAAACCGUAUGCAACCCAGUCUAAAAGAUUGGGCAAGAUGCAAAUGCAGUGUCUUCAUCAAGAGAUGGCAGGGAAUAGUACGCUGCAUACAGAUUAUAAGGGGGGAGAACAGAGGCCAUGGACAAAAUCUGACGCCAGGCUUGUACUUGAAGAUGGUUCUGUAUGGAGAGCAAAGUCUUUUGGUGCAUCAGGAACACAAGUUGGUGAAGUCGUGUUUAAUACAUUUUUAACAGGGUAUCAGGAGAUUCUCACUGACCCCAGCUAUGCUGGUCAAUUUGUUCUGAUGACAAAUCCUCAUAUUGGGAAUACUGGUGUCAAUCCUGAUGAUGAGGAAUCUAGUCAAUGCUUCCUUGCUGGUUUGGUCAUCAGAAACCUAAGCAUUUGCACUUCAAACUGGCGAUGCACAGAAACUCUCAGCGAUUAUUUGACAAAUAGGAAUAUCAUGGCCAUAUAUGAUGUGGACACUCGUGCCAUUACAAGAAGGCUGAGAGAAGAUGGGAGUCUUGUUGGAGUCUUAAGCACUGAUGAGACUCAAACCGAUCAAGAUUUACUGGAAAUUGCCCGCAAAUGGAAAAUCAUUGGUGUGGAUUUGAUAAGUGGUGUUUCAUGUGAGACCCCAUACGAGUGGUCGGAGAAAACAAACACACAAUGGGAAUUCAACAAAGAUCAGAAUCUUGCCAAAAGCUUUCAUGUUGUUGCAUAUGAUUUUGGAAUAAAGCAUAAUAUUUUGAGGCGGUUGUCAUCUUAUGGAUGCAAAAUCACAGUUGUGCCUUCGAAGUGGCCUGCCUCUGAAACACUAAAGAUGAAUCCUGAUGGUGUUCUUUUUAGCAAUGGCCCUGGAGACCCAGCUGCAGUUCCAUAUGCUGUAGAAACAGUGAAGGAAAUAAUUGGUAAAGUUCCUGUUUUUGGAAUUUGCAUGGGCCACCAGUUGCUUGGGCAGGCAUUAGGUGGCAAGACAUUCAAGAUGAAGUUUGGUCAUCAUGGUGGAAACCAUCCAGUUGGGAACCUUCGUCAAGGACGUGUUGAGAUAAGUGCACAGAACCAUAAUUAUGCUGUUGACCCUGCAUCCCUCCCUGUUGGAGUUGAAGUAACUCACAUAAAUCUUAAUGACAAAAGCUGUGCUGGUCUUGCUUGCCCAGAGCUAAAACUGAUGUCCCUUCAAUACCAUCCGGAGUCUUCUCCUGGGCCCCAUGACUCCGACCCAACUUUCGGGGAGUUCAUUGAGUUGAUGAAGGCAAAUGAAACAUAAAUGUUCAAUCAUGCAAUAAUUCAGACACGUAAUCUUAGAGGAAUCUUGGUUAUCUUAAAGCACCACAACAUGCGUGUGCUGAAAAAAGUCUCUUCUACUAGUACCAUGUUAGUAUCUAUCUAUGUUGAUUAUUUUCUGUUGUUUGAGGUGCUAGUUUUUUGGUUGUCUUCUCAUGGUUUUUGUUUUCUCCAUUAAAAUUAUUGACUAUGAAGAAUUUAAUGAGUUUUUUACUGUGUUAAUCUAA